CAACUUGUCAAAGUGCUGUACUUGGUUCAUUGAACACAUUGGUGCCAUGGUGCAGGAGGGCCCGGUGAAUGUGUGCUUCAACGCUCAAAGCUACGGUGUUGAUGUGGCCUUUGAUCCUCAGACCCAGGAGCAGCGUUUGUCCUUCCGCUUUGCAGUGAGUGUGUCAUUGCCGCAGCUACUUCAGCAAUUGAUUGAGAUUCAGAAGCAAGAUGGUGCAGUCUUGCCAAUGAUGGCUCCAACAUCACAAAGGAGGACUCCGGGAAGCUCCCGUGCUGAGACUCCACCAACGGCAGCCCCGGCGUACCUGACACCAACACUCCAAGCACCCUUGAGCGGAACUGGCAGUCAGGCGAAAGAACGAAAAGAGAUGACUUCCUUUGAGAGGCAAAGCAGCGCAGCCUCCGAAGGGCGAGGGCAGUUCGCCAUCGACGUGCAACUCUUGGAGUGCGUGCAACGGCACGAAACGGCGAAGGUGAAGGAAUUGUUGAAGCAACGGGCGGAUGUGAACUUCCAGGAGGGAACGCCUUACUUGCGUACGCCUUUGCACUUGGCCGUUGAGAGUGGUGGAUCAGUUGACGAGGUCGGACACUUGCUUCAGGCUGCAGCCAAUGUGAAUGCUGUGAUGGCACAAGGAAAGACUCCCUUGCAUGUGGCCAUCCAGCAGUACCGGAGAAUCCCGGCAGUGGCCAUUGGGAUGCUGCUUUGUAGCAAGGCCAAGCCAGAUGCCAAAGAUGCAAGCAACAAGACGCCCAUGGAUUUGGUGAAACAGGUGUUCGGACAGCUAUCUGCGAGGGGUCCAGACAAUCAACCGCUGCUGUCUUCUGCAGAUAGUGCGAAGGCACGGCAAUUGCUGUCGUUUGUCAUGGACCAACGAAUGGUGGCAUUCAACUUGCAGAGCCAGGAGGUACAAGGUGUGCAUUUUGCAGACGUGGAAGGUGAUAAGUUGGUCUACGACACCAAGUCCGGUGUCGGCCUGUACAGUGUGAAAUCGCAGCGCGCGUUGUUUUUCAAGAAUCUGAAGCAAAAGAAUGAAGGCAGCGUCUACAACGUGGCAGUGAAUCCUGAAACCGGGACCGUUGCAGCCUGCUUGCAAUUUCAGCAGGACGCUCCUAAAGCGCAGGCGAGUCCACAGAGUGUGAUCGUCAUGGUGAUUUGGCCCAAUGGCAAGCUCCAGCACGAAGAGCCGCUGAAGUUGAGGCUUCCACCCACCACAGUUCCUGCAGACCGAGAGCUUCUGCCGCCGAUGGUGACCAUGUCCCGCACACAGGGGACCUCCAUUGUAAUUGGCCGCCUGGCGGAUGGUCAGGUGUAUUGCUGGCAAUUGAACUCUGCCAGAAGCCAACUCGUCAGCGAGGUGAAGCUGGCUGUUUGUGCCGGUGCCUUGGCAUCCUCGGACGAUGGCGCGUGGGUGUGCUUCGCCAACAAGGAAACUGGCCAUAUUGAUGUAUUUACGCUGGACCAAGCAGCACACCAGCAGGCGAAGCUUGCUUACAAACCUGCCGGCACGCUGCUCAACAAAAGGCCAGGGCAGCUCUCAAUUCAAAGCCUGCAGGAUGCGUGUUUAGUUGCGGUGGUCGAGGAUCUUCCGGCGGUGCAAGUGCCAUCUCAAUGCAUUGAGGUCACACGUGUCAGCCCCGACGGCCACUUGCAGACCGUCUACAGGGUUCCAAUUCCAUCGCCGUGCGCAUCAUUGAGCUUUUGCUACAAGAGCUCGGCGCAUCUCUUGUGUAGCUGCACAGAAGGUCUACAGCUGGUCUUCAAUCUCUACAACAGUGAGACAAGCUGUGCCUACGACAAUCCUGGAGUGAGGAGUAUAUCGAUCGCCAGCGACCAAUCGCUGAUGGCCUCGGCGGAAAGCAACUUCUUCAAAGUCUAUAAGGUUCCUGCACCUUCGGCCUCCAAUAGCUAAGUCUACUCAGCUGGAGAACUCAGCCGGAGAAGCUCAGCGGAAGUGGAGCAAACACAGAACCUUUUCAUGCCAACAACUUGGCCCCCCUAUCUUCGUAUCGGAAAAAAGGCCGUUUGUUACUGCGUCCGUUGGUUCCCACCGCAAAAAAACGAUCUCCGUUGGGGGAGUUCCUGAACAUCGGUGAAGAGGCUUCUCAGGGGCAGAUCAACUACAAGCAGAUGCGAAGCAGAUGCGGGUCAUGGGGAUGGAUGACAUGAUGGAGCGCAUGAGGGGAUGGAUGAGAUCUUCCCAAAACCAAAAACAUCAACCAGCAGUCACAAAGGGAUGCGAUCCAUGGAGGUUAGGGGUGGCCAGAACAUCCACUCACUGGAUGGGACUAAACACCACCCCGUCUUGUGACUCCUGGAAGGACCCACUGCUGCGACGCCCUCCGAAAGAACGGCCAUCGCGGCCGAAGGUGCCCUUCUAUGCCUUUGAUUGAAAGCUCUGCUGAGCAGGGCUGCCAAUACAGGUCACCUCACCGGUGGUCGCCAACACAUGAAACCGAUGUGAUGCGGUCACAAGUAUCCCCAU